CCACGGUCCCCUUCUCCCCAAUUCCCAAUCCCUUGGGAACUUAUUCCUCUCCAUAUUGUCUCCUGAAAGUCUAUUCACACCUACUCUCGUACCCUGUAGAGAGCAAAGAAGAGCUACAAAAAGCUCCCUUCAGCUGUUGCCCACCCCGCCAACCUGAAAGAUUGACCGUUUCUGCUUCCCAUCCACCCACGAUUCUCCGAACUCGCAACGAUGCAUCUUCCACCGACGGUUCGUUGAAUACUCCCAACUGCGCCUCUGUGGUCCUCCCCGUGAAACGCCUGCGUACCAUUGCCACUCUGCUGUCUCCUCCACCCUCUCUGCGGUCAUCUCCACUGCGACUCUACGCAUGUGCAUUCGGUCGGCCAUUGUCCUGAUCUAGUCCCCUUUCCCAGAGGAUAUCUGAAUCUCGUCGCCACGGCUGGCAACGGGGAGUUCUAGCUCCGCUGCCUGUAAGAUACAAGAGGAGGAACGCAUUUGCGGGGACGUUGCAGGACACAACUUCGAGAUAUUCCACCAUCAACUCUAUAUUCACAGUCCUGAACCAGUUGUAUCAUGGACUUCUCGUAUUUCACCUCAGCCCCGCAGCCAUAUCAGUUCUUUGGCUUGCCUCACACACCCUCCACCACUCAAACAAGUCAUCUGGACGAGUUCAGGACCGCUCCCUCGACUGAUCAAUAUGACGCUGCUUUCGCGGCGUUUCAGCAAAGCUUCCAUUAUGACCCUGCCACUUUCCUCGCCCAGCCGCACCAAUCAUCCACCCAAUCUCCACCCAUCCAAGGCCGUCAUGACUCGAUGGUAUCUAUGCCAGAAGUCGACAUGACCAGUCUUAACGCACCCGCAACAGACUUGACCCCCGACGAGCCGACAGUAGCAAGAAGUAGCAGCGAAGAGAAGGAUACGUUGACGCCUCAGCAAAGUCGCAGGAAGGCACAAAACAGAGCCGCCCAACGAGCGUUUCGAGAGCGGAAGGAGAAGCACGUGAAAGACCUCGAGGCCAAGCUGACGAGCCUGCAACACCAGUCCGUCACCCUGAACGGCGAAAACGAGCGGCUGCGGCGCGAGCUCGCGAAAAUUGCAACCGAGAAUGAGAUUCUGCGUGCUACAUCUGGUGCGGCAUCGAAUGGUCCGACACCCUUUAUGGAAGAGCGAGAUGAGCUGGUCGGCCCGCUGGGGUACGUCCCCACUGAUCGACAUUCGAAAGACCGCUCGCCAGCCAGCAGCAGUGGUUCAUCCUUCGACAUCGGUUCCAAAUACGCCCACUUUGGCACGUUAAGGACCAUCACGGUGGACAACGACACCGGAGAACCUCUGCUUGGGGCUGGCGCCACCUGGGACUACAUCCAAGCCCACGAGCUCUUUCGCAAGGGGCUUGUGGAUGUCGGCGACGUCUGCGAGCGUUUAAAAAAGAUGGCGAGAUGUGACGGCCAAGGGCCAAUAUUCCUCGAGAGUGACGUCCGGCAGGCCAUUGCGGAGAGCGCCGUCGCCGGAGGGCGCGACGAGCUGAUAUGAGGCUAUCUCGUCGCCCGCUGCACCACAAUUGGUGCCUCACCUCUCCCCAAUUUCCCCACCACCUUUUGUUUGAACCUUCUAUGACCAAGCGUUGGCGCCCAGGAGUAUUGGUUAUUAUGAUCUCAAGCGAAAUGGAAGCAUUUGGAGGAAUUCUGUCAGCGUGAUAUGUGCGAUCUGUUCAACUGUCCAGAUAUGUACGAGACGGCAUGCUUACUACCUGAAGGCGCACCUGUCGAACUUUCCUGGGUGGCGAGGACCCUUUAUCACGAGUAAUGCUGCAAUCCCCGCAGCUCUCUCGGCAUGCAGCUCUGCCAGGGUCGGGAAUGUGCAUGCAUCUCUCCUCAGCCCUUUUACUCCGCUGGAUCGAACUGUUUCUGACAAAUGGGCCUUGGCUACGUUAUGUCAGCUGAACCUUUCCACGUGUGCCACGCCUUUGCGCGCUGACGCAAAUACAUAUAAGUUUAGGACCCUGCCGCGGGCCUGCGAUACUCCUUCUUUCUGGAGGUACAUGAAGAUCCUCGACAGAUACAUACGUGUUCUGCUGGAUCUGAAUACCUUAGAUGUGGGAGCCUCCAAAACUUCAAAAACAUCAGAACGUUGCCUUGUGUGGUCAAGACGCCCUUGUCUGGGUACAUGCAGGAUACAAACUAUCAAUCAUUGGCUGGUCAGGCAACGAUUGCGCCUUUCUGAGUUCCUCCGCAUCUGGGAUCCAUGGUUAGGGCUGCAUAUCUUCCCUGAGUUGACACUGGUCAUCCACAGCAGCGACACCGGCGUCCGGCACAUUGGGUGACAUCGUUUGGCAUGACCGGACCUGGCCCUUGAUGACCGAGACCGCUAUAAGAGGUUUCCAGCCUCAUGGGCGUAGCGGUGCUGAAUGCUGCAAGUUGUGCAGAGCCAGCCGUCUUCUGGGAGUUGUUGGGCAACCCAUAGUGGUAUUGUCAAACAGAUGGCCCUUUGCAACGAAGCACAUUCGUGAAUUGCCACAGAGAUGCCCACAUAGCCAUCCCGCCUUAGCCCAUGGCCAUGGUUUAUACUCAACAGCAUCGCUGGAGAUGAAGGCUGCAAAUCAAUCAAUCCCCAAAAAAAUUCACUCUAUUAAUCCCAAUCAUCA